AUGCUGUCUGUGGUCAUACUAGGUGUGUCCCUGUCCCUGCUCAUUCUGCUGACGGUGUUUGGUAAUGUCCUGGUAUGUCUGGCCGUCUGUGCCACACGACGUCUCCGCUGCCUCACCAACUGUUUCAUCAUCUCCCUGGCCAUCACUGACCUAUUGCUUGGCAUGCUGGUCCUGCCCUUCUCUGCCCUCCUCCAGCUCAGCGAUUGGCCGCUGGGGCCGACCUUCUGCAACAUCUACAUCUCAUUGGAUGUUAUGUUAUGCACUGCCUCCAUCCUCACCCUAUUGGCCAUCAGCGUGGACCGCUACCUGGCCGUGACCACGCCCCUUAGAUACUCCUCACUGGUGUUGCCGAGGGGGGUAGCCAUAACGAUGGCUUUGGUGUGGGCGGUGUCAGUGGGGGUGUCGUUCCUGCCGAUCCACCUGGGCUGGAACACUGUGGACGGCAGCGUGCAGAAUCACGGCCCAGGGGAGGAGAGGGACUGUAAGUUUAAGCUGAACCCAACAUACGUUGUGGUGGACGCCUCCUUAACCUUCUACCUCCCCCUGCUGAUCAUGUGCUGGACCUACUUCCGCAUCCUCCGCAUCGCCCGGGCCCAGGCCAGACGCAUCAUCCAAACACGACCCUGCCUCAACAACAACACCCUCUCGUCAGCCCCUCGUCACCUCACCUCGGUAACAGCCGUGGCUCUACGGGAAUACAAAGCCACAGUGACUCUAGCAGCAGUGAUCGGAGCGUUCGUGGUGUGCUGGCUCCCCUACUUCACCCUGUUUACCAUUAUGGGUCUGAAGGAGCAGAACUACCCAGCAGCCUACCCCGUGGUGCUGUGGCUGGGGUACAUCAACUCAGCUCUGAACCCUUUGCUCUACGCUGCCCUCAACAGAGACUUUAGGUCCGCCUACGCCCGCCUGCUGCGCAUUGGUUACUUUGGAUAUGGCAGGGGGAGGGGCUGGCCAACGUCGCCCAACACAAUCACAACGGGUAAAAGGAACAAGGGGAAAGACAACACACAUGGUGACGGAACACACACAAUCAUUCAUAACAUCUCCAAAAUAUUGUAUUUUCUGUUGUCUAGCGAGUUAGGGCAAUGGUGAGCCUGUGUGCACAGAAUAGCCAAUUCUUGUCUUCUGGUCUUGUAUUCCUCUCAGGUGCGGGGGAGGUAGGUGGGGGGGAGGUAGCUCUGCUGUGUGAACACACCUCUUCCUGUAGGGCGGAGCCGAGUGAGACCGGUAUGAUGAUGAUGGUCCAGGAAGUCAGAGGAACAACUAUGCCUUCCCCUCAGCACAGCAAUGGGGCGUUUGUCGCCAGCUAGUGAGCAAAACAAAGUACAGAUAAAAAUCGGUCUAAUAGUCUGUAGCCUAUUAUUAAACUGUUGAUACCCUGUGCCAUUCUAUGUCCUGUGUGUCGGAUCGUGCUGACCCUGUGUCUAUCUGUGGGGAGGAUUCAGUGUCCUACCAGUCCUGAAAGCUGAGCCCAACACCAGACAACCUAACUCAUACACCCAGGGGAUCAAUCACAUCACUGACAGGUAAGACACAUCCAAACAUUAUUCAUGAGUUUAUAAAAGGUUCAUGAAAGUGAUCCACUUCUCUAUGUUCUCCCCCAGGACACUGGGAGUCUUCCAAAAUAUCAUGGACAAUCCGCAACAAGGAAUACCGGGGACCUUUAACCACAUUUCUAUCCCUUCAACCAAUGAGCAGUGACUGGGGAAGCCCUCAUGUCACUUUGUUCUGGAACACUGAUACCUGGAAAGUAAUGUCAUGGGAUGGACAGACAGACAAACUGACUGACUGACAGACUAAAACUCUCUUCCCAGACUGGUGGUAAACUCUAACCACUGGUGUUAUUCACCUGAACCUGACUGUGAUCUUCCAAAGUAGCAGAUAGUUAGGCCCUCUAGUGAUGGAAUAUAGUAUUACAACCUGACAAGGAGACAAGACUCAGCAAUUAUCUAUUAACCUCUUCAUCACGAGGUUCCCCAUAUCCGGGUUACUCCUCCCGCAAUCUCAAACAAUGACGUAGUACGGUUUUUAAACAUAUCCAAGUGCGCACCUCAUUGUCUCAUAUUAGUUGACUUGUUGCAUUACACACAGUUACGCAGAGCGCACAACAGCACUUGAAUUUCGGAGGGAAAACGCAAAGUUUAUAAAAAUAUGACAGGCUCUAGUAACAAAUAUACAGUUACAGAGGCGUUAUUAAUUGUAACUGAUGAAAGUUGGACUCCAUGUAUCCCCAUUGACUCUGAAUCAGACGAUGAGGACCUGCUUAGACCGGACGAACCAGACCCCAAUGACGAGAACGAAGGUUAUCGUGUCCAGGGCCCUACUCAAGCAUCAGAAGAGUAUGUAAUCCCAUUGUCAUUUAUUACUUCUAAUACUACUAUUACUAAUUUAUUGUAUGAGUACAAAACAUACAUUCUAAAAUACAGUGAGGGAAAAAAGUAUUUGAUCCCCUGCUGAUUUUGUACGUUUGCCCACUGACAAAGAAAUGAUACGUCUAUCAUUUUAAUGGUAGGUUUAUUUGAACAGUGAGAGACAGAAUAACAUCAAAAAAAUCCAGAAAAACGCAUGUCAAAAAUGUUAUAAAUUGAUUUGCAUUUUAAUGAGGGAAAUAAGUAUUUGACCCCCUCUCAAUCAGAAAGAUUUCUGGCUCCCAGGUGUCUUUUAUACAGCUAACGAGCUGAGAUUAGGAGCACACUCUUAAAGGGAGUGCUCCUAAUCUCAGUUUGUUACCUGUAUAAAAGACACCUGUCCACAGAAGCAAUCAAUCAAUCAGAUUCCAAACUCUCCACCAUGGCCAAGACCAAAGAGCUCUCCAAGGAUGUCAGGGACAAGAUUGUAGACCUACACAAGGCUGGAAUGGGCUACAAGACCAUCGCCAAGCAGCUUGGUGAGAAGGUGACAACAGUUGGUGCGAUUAUUUGCAAAUGGAAGAAACACAAAAUAACUGUCAAUCUCCCUCGGCCUGGGGCUCCAUGCAAGAUCUCACCUCGUGGAGUUGCAAUGAUCAUGAGAACGGUGAGGAAUCAGCCCAGAACUACACGGGAGGAUCUUGUCAAUGAUCUCAAGGCAGCUGGGACCAUAGUCACCAAGAAAACAAUUGGUAACACACUACACCGUGAAGGACUGAAAUCCUGCAACGCCCGCAAGGUCCCCCUGCUCAAGAAAGCACAUAUACAGGGCUGUCUGAAGUUUGCCAAUGAACAUCUGAAUGAUUCAGAGGAGAACUGGGUGAAAGUGUUGUGGUCAGAUGAGACCAAAAUUGAGGUAUUUGGCAUCAACUCAACUCGCCGUGUUUGGAGGAGGAGGAAUGCUGCCUAUGACCCCGAGAACACCAUCCCCACCGUCAAACAUGGAGGUGGAAACAUUAUGCUUUGGGGGUGUUUUUCUGCUAAGGGGACAGGACAACUUCACCGCAUCAAAGGGACGAUGGACGGGGCCAUGUACCGUCAAAUCUUGGGUGAGAACCUCCUUCCCUCAGCCAGGGCAUUGAAAAUGGGUCGUGGAUGGGUAUUCCAGCAUGACAAUGACCCAAAACACACGGCCAAGGCAACAAAGGAGUGGCUCAAGAAGAAGCACAUUAAGGUCCUGGAGUGGCCUAGCCAGUCUCCAGACCUUAAUCCCAUAGAAAAUCUGUUGAGGGAGCUGAAGGUUCGAGUUGACAAACAUCAGCCUCGAAACCUUAAUGACUUGGAGAAGAUCUGCAAAAAGGAGUGGGACAAAAUCCCUCCUGAGAUGUGUGCAAACCUGGUGGCCAACUACAAGAAACAUCUGACCUCUGUGAUUGCCAACAAGGGUUUUGCCACCAAGUACUAAGUCAUGUUUUGCAGAGGGGUCAAAUACUUAUUUCCCUCAUUAAAAUGCAAAUCAAUUUAUAAUAUUUUUGACAUGCGUUGUUCUGGAUUUUUUUGUUGUUAUUCUGUCUCUCACUGUUCAAAUAAACCUACCAUUAAAAUUAUAGACUGAUCAUUUCUUUGUCAGUGGGCAAACGUACAAAAUCAGCAGGGGAUCAAAUACUUUUUUCCCUCACUGUAUCUAUUUGAGUAACUGAAGCUCAACGUAAGUUAGUGCUAGCUUAGCUUAGAGGCCCACAUGCAAGUUUACUUACAAAAGAAUGCUAUGUGUAUUAUUUAUUGUCACUGAAUUAUCACUUUAGUCAACAUUCUCAUAGUUCUAACUAUUUAUUUGAUAUAUCUGACUGUCAAUGAAUGAAUACAAGUGUGUUUUAGUCAUGAUUUUAUUUUCCCUUUUGGCUUGUUUGCACAGUGAAGAUGACUAUAGGGGUGAUGAGCCACAGCCAGAGCAUCUGCCUCCUCAGCCACAGCUUCCCCUUCCUCAGGCAGAGCCUCCUCUUCCUCAGCCUGGCCGCUUGUCUAGACAACGCACUUCUGCUCCCCUCCCUAGGCCACAGUCUUCAUCGGACACUGAGUCCCCUGUAA